AACAGAAAAUGGGUGAAAAGAGAAUUGACUUUGGCGUUUUAGACUUUGAUACGUAUGAGGACUAUCUAGAAUCAUAUACGACCAAGCAGGACAAACAAUAUUUGCGAAGCCAUGAUAUGAUCGCAAGAUAUCUGAAACUGGGCUACCGCGCCACGAGCGCCCCAUAUGAUGCGGCCGAGUUUAAAAGGCGUCAGUUUCUGGCCAUGCAUGCGAUACGGCCUAAAACCUCGAAUGAUCAAUGCUUCAGUAGGUUUUUGUCGCCAAAUAACACGGAUCCCGUGCUGUUGCAGUUCAAGGAACGUGAAUUUCCCAUAUACUCCAAGAUCUUAGCGACAAUCGUCUUCACAAUGUACACGGAUAAGAAGGGAUCCGAAAUUUCAGCCUAUAUCGAUUUGGGCAUGAGCUGGGCGAACACGACGCGUCAAGCGUACAAUCAUGCCAACUGGAAGGGCAUCUACGAGGGUCGAGCCCAUCUGCGGCCAAUGCCGCAUCAUCUCAGCUAUCGUAAUGCCCAAUACAAUGUAUUCUACUAUACGGACAGCGAGAACUUUAAGGUGGUGCACGACGAUCGCUACGGCCUAAUGUUUAUGCACAAGGGCGAUCACAAGUAUCUGCCAGUUGGAGGUCACGAUAAUCCCUUCAAUCGCAACGUGCAUCGCUCCACAGUGAUCUCGCCCAAGUACGGCUCGGUCAUAUUCUACGAUCAUACGCUGCGCAAGAAGGUCUAGAAUUAUCUUGCAAAUCCUGAUUGACAAAAUUAAGUGCAAUGUAUCAGAAAUCGUAUAGUAUGAGUAAAGAGUAAAACAA